UUACUUUAGGAUAUCAUCUUGAAUUCUUCUUUAUCCAUCUUUUUCUUUAUUACUACCAAUAUCUUCCAUCAUUCUUCAAGAUUAAACCAUAAUGGCCUUAACUAUUCCAAUGAAGAUCACAAUGCAUAUGUUACUUUUUGCAUUUUUCCUCACUUUUGCAUCUGCAGGGAGGAUGCUUAGUAAGUCAGGCCAAGAACAAGAUCUCAUGGUUUUCAAAUACCACAAUGGUCCUCUUCUCACAGGAAAGAUCUCAAUCAACCUCAUUUGGUAUGGAAAAUUCAGUCCCUCUCAAAAGGCCAUCAUUGCUGAUUUCAUCACCUCAUUAUCCUCCUCUACGCAUUCCUCCCAAGUCAUCCAACCAUCGGUCGCCACGUGGUGGAAGAACAUUGAGAAAUACUACACCUCAAUCAAAUCCAAGAAACCCUCCACUCUCCAACUCUGUUCGGGCCACCAAAUUUUGGAUGAAAAUUACUCCUUAGGCAAAUCCCUCAAAAUGCAACAAAUUGAACAAUUGGCAGCAACGGGUGAUCAAAUGAACGCCAUCAACAUAGUCUUGACUUCAUCUGACGUGGCAGUUGAAGGAUUCUGCUCGAGCAAAUGUGGGACCCACGGUUCUCUCCGAUCGAAAACCGCUACAGUUAGAGGCAAAAGCCCAAAGUUUGCUUACAUUUGGGUUGGGAAUUCUGAGACCCAAUGCCCUGGUCAAUGUGCCUGGCCAUUCCACCAGCCGACUUAUGGACCACAGAGCCCACCUUUGGUUGCACCCAACAAUGAUGUGGGCUUGGAUGGGAUGAUCAUCAAUUUGGCUAGUCUAUUGGCCGGCACUGUCACCAACCCCUUUGGAAAUGGGUAUUUUCAGGGUCCAGCUGAUGCUCCGCUUGAGGCGGCCGCCGCAUGUCCCGGAAUUUAUGGCAAAGGAGCCUAUCCGGGCUACGCAGGGGAGUUGAAGGUUGAUGCUACAACUGGUGCUAGCUAUAAUGCACAUGGGAGCGAUGCGCGCAAGUAUCUACUUCCAGCGAUCUAUGAUCCCUUAACUUCCAUUUGUUCCACUUUGGUUUGAAGACUGAAGAAAAAAAGAAGAUAAAUGUAGCCUAUGGGAAAAAAAAUGUAGUCCAUUAGAGAUUUUGGUGUAUAGAUGCUGUAGAUUACAUUGAUUCAUUCAUUCAUUCGUUAACGUUGAAA